CUCAUGCCGGAAGUUGACAGAGAUGGUGAGAAGCUUGUUUCGAAUACUAAAGGCUUAUAAGAACAUUGUUUCCACUCCAUACAAGUAUCAGCCAUCAUCCUGCCUUCAAUUCACAAACAGCAUUGCGCGGACCAUGGUGGGGCUGCCCUUCUCCUUGUCUUUUAAGCCUCGGGACUUUAGCCUGCCUAACUCCUCAUGGAGUGCAGAAAUGAUGCGCUUGUACAACUACUACAAUAGCCAGUGUGAGGUGGAGACUGAAACUGGGGAGAAAAAUCGGGGCUCCUGGAGGAGACUGCCAAGCUACAAUCGCACCCUCAAGUAUGCUACAGGUGGCGCCUACCUCAGUAAAUUAAUCCAGUCCAAAAAUCGUCUAUUUACCCGCAGCAUAAAAACCCCUGGAGCUGCCUUUGAGUAUGUUGUUUUUCUUAACAAAGAAGAGCAGAGGACUGUCUGCAUUUUUCAGGCUGGACACCUGCUGGAGGGGCCUCCAGGACAUGUCCACGGGGGGGCAAUAGCCACCAUGAUUGAUUCUGUGACAGGGACAAAUGCAGCGUACAUCUCUGGACCAUUGGUGACUGCCAACCUCAACAUUGAUUACCGCAGCCCAAUCCCGCUAGGAAGUACAGUGUUAAUCGAAUCCUCCCUUGAUAAAAGGGAAGGCAGGAAAACCUUUGUUUCCUGUAAAGUGACCAGCACUGAUGGCUCCAAGCUGCACACAGAAGCAAAAGGAGAAGCCAUGUCCAAGAAGACUCAUUUGACCCAGAUUGAAGUUAUACCGUGCAAGAUCUGUGGUGAUAAGUCCUCUGGAGUGCAUUAUGGUGUCAUCACAUGCGAGGGCUGCAAGGGAUUUUUCCGUCGUAGCCAGCUGCCUACGGUGUCCUACUCCUGCUCCAGACAGAGUAACUGUACCAUCGACCGAUCCAGCCGCAACCGCUGCCAACACUGCCGCCUGCAGAAGUGCUUAGCCCAGGGCAUGAGCAAAGAUGCUGUGAAGUUUGGACGGAUGUCCAAGCGCCAGCGUGACUCUCUAAUUGCUGAAGUCGAGCGGCAUCGACAGCAGCAGCAGCAGCAACUCCAAAUGGACGCCCAAUUAGGCUUGUCCUACCCCGCCAAGGAGCGCCAAGAUUGCUCUUCGCAGCUCCUUCAGCCCGUGGCUUCAGCCUACUCCUACAGCGGGGACUCUGAGCUGCUGUCCUUCACUGCUGAUGUCCACCCAUAUCUUCUGUGCUCCCCCAACCAGCAAAUGUCUGAUAUGAUCUACAGAAGCUCCAGUGUUUCACCCUCUUCCAGAACUCACAUGAGGUUGGACGGCAGUGGACACGCUGACUUAAGAGGGUUGGACUCCAGACCGUCAGCACAUGACUUAAUGGCGAUUCAUCCCUACAACCAGCUCGAGGACCCCCGUGGCCCCUAUUGUCGCAAUAUAGAUGAGUUGUGUGCCAGCAUUGUCCGCUCAAACAAAGACACCUGCCAGUACCGAGUGGAGGAACUGCAGGCACUGAAGUGGAAGGUGUUCAGCAGGGAGGAGGUCCAAGCUUACCAGAGUAAAUCGGUGGAUGAGAUGUGGCAACACUGUGCGGUUCGGCUGACGGAUGCCGUGCAGUUUGUGGUGGAGUUUGCCAAACACAUCCCUGGUUUCCGUCUGCUCAGCCAGAACGACCAGAUCGCCCUUCUGAAGACCGGUUCUAUGGAGGUCGUUCUGGUGAGGAUGAGUCGCUUCUUCAACACAGAGAACAACACCGUCUUUUUUGAUGGCAAAUUUGCUGGAACCGAAGUCUUCAAGUCUUUGGCGUGCGCCGAUUUGAUCGCGGCGGUUUUCGACUUUGCUCACAGCGUCUGUGCUUUGAAGCUCACCGAGCAGCAGGUGGCUCUCUUCAGCGCUCUGGUCUUGAUCAAUGCAGAUCGUCCAUGCCUGGAGGACAGAGGCAGGGUGCAGCGAGUGCAAAGAAGCGUGGAAUUCGGUCUGACACACAUCCUACACCGAGACAACCGGGACAGCCUAAUGCAUAAGCUGUACCAGAGGAUGUCUGUGUUGCGUUCACUGUGCAGUCUGCACAUGGAGAAGUUGCGCUGGUUCAGUCAGCGCUACCCGCUCAUCGCUCACACUCUCUUCCCGCCUCUCUACAAGGAGCUGUUUGCCUCUGAAGCAGAGCUGCUGCCUGAGAACACACACUGAUGACACAUAACACACACACACCUUCACUCACUGGUACACUUAGAUAUUUAAAUAAAAUGUUCAAUUUGGCAAUAUGCUUGUUAUUGUGGUCGUAGUCAGCACCACAAUGAAUCAUACUUAGAUAUCAAUAUUUUGACCCUUUCAUGUUGCUAUGGUAACAAAACAAGUAAAAACAUCACACCAACAAUGGAAGAGUUGUCAGCAUAAGACAGUUUCACUGUACUGUAUAUAUGGUACAUAUUACAUACAUAGUAAUACAAAGCUCUUGUAUUGGAUUUCAUUGGUUUGUAUGGUUGAGAUUGAUGAACUCAUACACAUACAUGUAUACAUACACACGUACAUAAAUACACAUGCUAUACAUAGGUACACACACAUGCAUAAAUACAUGUAAAUACAUAAGUGUACCGUACAUACGUACACACAUAUCUAAACACAUGUACAUACAUACAUAAACACACACAUUCAUACAUACAUAAACAUGCACGUGUAUACACACGUACAUAUAUACAUACACAUACAUGCAUAUAUACAUAAACACACGUACAUACAUACUGAAACACACACACAUGCAUAAACACACAGAUAUACAUAACGUACAUACAUAUAUACAUACAAAAACACGCACAUGUAUAGACUCGUACAUACAUACACAUAAACACACAUACAUUCAUACACACAUAAACACAGAGUAGAGCAGAGACUGAGGUCCUGGGCUCCCAGCUGAUAUUAAAAAUCAGACCAAUGAGGUGCAGGUGUGGUACCUGCAAACAAAGGAGACAUGGAGAAAAGAGCAACCAAGCAGGCAGGGACACAGAUCCCCUGCUUGCAAACCUGAGAGGAGGCGGGUAAGCAGGCCAAACAUUAAGCCCCUCCCACAAGGCCCGGGCCGUUACACUUAUAUAAACACAAACAUACUUACAUAAACACACACUUACAUACACACACGCAUGCAUACAUAAAUACUUACAUACACACACAUACAUACAGACACACACAGACAUACUUACAUAAACACACAUACACAUUAUUGCACACUGACAUACACGCACACACACACAGUAUUAUUAUUAUUACGUACUAUACAUUUUUGACAGAAUCAAUUUUUGUAAUUGUUGAAAUAAGAAGAAAUAAGUCAGCUGACUCACAUAAUUCAGAAUAUUCAUAUCAUAAAACUAUUUUUGAAAUAUUACAGAGAAAUAUAUCAAUAUUUGUUGCUGUUUUUUUUUUUUGUUAAUGUUAUUUUUAAGUACUUCUCUCUAUAUAUAAGCUAGCUUGCAGAUGAAUAAAUGAUUGUGUCCUGCUUUUUAAUCCGGAGCCAGAACACUGACAUUAAGUUUUGGAUAUGAAUACCAACUGGCAUCUUAGAAAAAGAUUUGUUAUGACUGUAAAUAAAAGUACUGUACGACAAACGAGCACCUGACCACAUACACACAUAUAUAUAUUAUAAACCCAUGACAAUUUGCAUAGUAAGGUCCCAUAAUGUGAAUUGAAACACAUCUGUUUUGUUCAAAACAACACACCUUAGCUCUUAUCGCUUUUUUGCAUUAAAUGUAGAAGAAAACGUCAUUCUUCUCUCUGUGCAAAUUUCAACGUAAAGUCAAUAAAAAUGCUGAGACUGCAAGAAAAUGUGUCUACGCUAGCCUUUUUCUCUUCUGAAGUUUUUUAUAAAAAGUUAUGAAAUAUUGACAGAAUGAGGUCAGCAAUAUCCUCCCACGGCUUUAGAACUAUUCAAACUCUGGAAAUACACGGUUCAUUGUUGGUUGUAUUAUAUUUAAAAGAUCUAUCUUUUCAAAUGUUGUUGUCAGG